UUGAAUGCGGUGAACUAAAAUUGCUUGAGUUUUAUAAUAAAAUUAAUAAAAAAAAUCUGUCUUGAAGUGAAGGACUUCAACAUGAAACUAUGUUUAAGCAGGACCUGGCGUACUUUAUCCGCUAGAAGUAAUCACAAACGUAUUUUAAGCACUGCAGCAAAAUCCACCAAAGUCUCAAAUACACAACGAGAAACAUUUUUGGAAAGAGUCACAACCGGUCCUGGCCUACAGGACUUCAUUAAUGUUAAACACGUACCACGUGUAAAUGCAAUACCAGACCCAACUACAAUUGUGCCUUAUAUAAAUCCCGAUACUUACGCUGGGCAGGGACGCCGAGUGUUCUUCGAGGUUUAUGGCUGUCAGAUGAACACAAAUGACACGGAAGUGGUUUGGGCAGUGCUGCAAGAGAACGGAUAUAACAGAACCAGUGAUGUACAGGAGGCGGAUGUAAUCAUGCUGGUGACGUGUGCCAUACGAGAAGGUGCGGAGCAAAAAAUUUGGAAUCGCUUGAAGCAUUUAAACGCAAUGAAGUCAAAACGUCCAGCACGUCGACCUUUACAGAUAACGCUGCUGGGUUGUAUGGCGGAAAGGCUAAAAGAGCGCCUAUUGGAACGUGAACAGUGUGUGGAUGUGAUUGCCGGUCCCGAUAGUUACAAAGACUUACCAAGAUUAUUGGCUGUUUCCAGACAUUAUGAACAAGCGACCAUUAACGUGCUGCUAUCAUUGGACGAAACAUAUGCUGAUGUGAUGCCAGUGCGAUUGAAUGUGGAAUCUCCUACAGCUUUUGUUUCAAUAAUGCGCGGUUGUGAUAAUUUGUGCACAUACUGCAUAGUACCUUUUACGCGUGGUCGCGAACGCUCACGUCCCGUGACAUCAAUCGUCAAUGAAGUGUUGGCGCUGCGUGAUAAAGGUGUUAAAGAGGUUACACUCCUAGGACAGAACGUCAAUAGUUAUAGAGACAUAACUGUUAGCAAUUCUAACGAUAAAGUUACUAGUAACAUAGCACCAGGUUUUAGUACAAUUUAUAAGCCAAAAAUCGGUGGCGUGCCAUUCGCUACGCUGCUCUGUACUGUGGCAGAAGCUGUGCCUGAGAUACGUAUACGUUUCACAUCACCACACCCAAAGGACUUCAGCGAAGAUGUAUUGCGUGUUAUACGUGAUUAUCCGAAUGUUUGCAAAAGUUUGCACUUGCCAGCACAAUCUGGCAAUGAUGCGGUGCUCGCGCGUAUGCGACGUGGCUAUACACGUGAUGCCUAUCUACGCCUGGUUGAUACCAUUAGAAGCUACGUACCUAAUGUUGGUCUCUCUAGUGAUUUCAUUUGUGGUUUUUGUGGAGAAACUGAAGAAGAGUUCGACGAUACUAUAACACUUAUCGAAGAGGUACGUUAUAAUGUGGCUUUUCUAUUUGCAUACAGCAUGCGUGAGCGUACAACCGCACAUCGAAAAUAUGUGGAUGAUGUACCUGAAGCUGCCAAAAUUGAACGUUUGCAACGCAUGGUCAAGGCGUUUAGACACACUGCAACAGCCUUGCAGAAAGAGUAUGAGGGAAGAGAUGAACUUAUACUCUUAGAAGGAAAAAGCAAACGCUCAAGUGAAAGUUGGUUUGGUCGCAAUGAAGCUAACAUUAAAGUUAUUGUGCCUGCAACAGCCUUGCCUACAUCGAAAAAUAGUGCAGAGACAAAGGAAAUCGCUGCCGGAGAUUUUAUUGUAGCCAAAAUAACCGAGUCCAAUUCGCAAGUGCUAAAGGGUACGCCACUUUACAUUAGCACAAUAUCAGAUUUUUACAAUAAAUAAAGAAU